UUUAACAUGAUUCGAAUUCCUGAAGAAGAGUUUCCGGAAGACAAUAAAGAAUCACCUCAAAUCGAAAAGCUCCAUCAGAAAGAUACACCUGGCAAGUCGCGUUACCAUAUGCCAAUGUCCCCGGAGCUUUGCCCAGAUGCGAUGAAAAAUAACUGCUUUCCAAAAGGCGGUUUUCUAAAUAGUGCAUUACCAUAUGCUACCCAUAUCAUAAAGUCUAGUUCACCGGCUUCAAGCAUGGGAGAAUCGGUAUUUGCACCUGAGUUUGCAAAUCAAAUGCAAUUAGCUCAAGGUCAACAAAUGCAUACAAUGGCACCCGGCGGUGACAUCAAUUUUUACAGUUUUCCAGAUUUUAUUUCCGAUCAAGAGAAGACUAUAUUGUCGGACACGGAAAAGUUGCUAAGAUCGAAGGAGAAUGAUAUGUAUAGCAACGAAUAUAACCACAUACACGACGUGUUUGCCGUUCGCAAAUAUUAUCAUCCUCUUUUUGCUCAUGGUAUAUGUCGUUGGCCGGGUUGUGAAAUGGAUUUGGAAGAUAUCGCUUCAUUUGUCAAGCAUCUGAAUACGGAACAUGGGUUAGAUGAUCGUUCUACAGCACAGGCUCGUGUACAAAUGCAGGUUGUUUCUCAAUUGGAAUCUCACCUACAAAAAGAAAGAGACCGUCUUCAAGCUAUGAUGCAUCAUCUUUACUUGUCUAAACAGCUACUAUCACCAACAAAAGCAGAUCGAAAGGAUGUUACAGGAACCGAUAUCAAUUUCUGCGGGGGAACAACACCAAUUGUGAUAAACAAUGUUGCUCGAAGCCUUUACCGAACACAUUCCCCCAACUCAGUUAAUCUGCCAAUCGUCAACUCGACCGGUUUAUCCUCAAUGAAAAAAAGGAGUCAUGAAAAAAGUACUUUCUCUGUAACGGGUGGUUUACCUUAUAUGCUAGAAAGGGCUGGACUUGAUGUACAACAUGAAAUUCAACGCAACAGAGAGUUUUAUAAGAACGCUGACGUUCGUCCUCCAUUUACUUAUGCUUCGCUUAUCAGACAGUCUAUCAUUGACUCUCCAGACAAACAAUUGACACUAAAUGAAAUAUACAAUUGGUUCCAAAAUACGUUUUGUUACUUUCGAAGAAAUGCAGCCACUUGGAAGAAUGCAGUACGUCAUAAUUUAUCGCUUCAUAAAUGCUUUAUGCGUGUUGAGAACGUUAAGGGCGCCGUUUGGACGGUCGAUGAAAUAGAGUUCUACAAGAGAAGACCGCAACGUACUGCUGCAGUUGCUAAUAAUCUAGCCGGUGUCAAGAAUUCGACGGAUAAUAAUUUUUACAUAGCAUUAAACUUUGGGUAGGUGGGAGAAUUAUGCAAAUACGUAUAUUUUAUUCUGAAUGCUUCUCUUUCUAUUAAAUUAUUCUAUGUAAGC